AUGGAGCGGAAGCUUGCAAAUUUCAGGGCUCUGCGACAGGCGAGAGCUUUGAUUCGGGAGGACUUUGCUCUCUCCGAUUCCGAAACAAAUGCGAAAGUGCCUUCAACUAUAACUCCACAGAAUGAGAACGUGUCACAAACGAAUUCCCGGCGAAAGGACUAUUGUGACUGGAUCCUGGACAGCAAGUGGGGAAGAUGGCUGGCCACAAGAAAUCUCCACAACAUCACCCUGCUCAAAGUCUUGCUCUGGGUGGUCCUGUUAGGCUUUUUUGUGGAAUUGGAUUUCGGCUUGCCCUUCUUCGUAGUCUCCCUCUUUUACUGGCUGUACGAGGGACUACGUGACUCUGAUAAACGGGAGCCCGGGGAGAUGAGUGCUUAUUCAGUCUUCAAUCCAGGUUGUCAGGCGUUGCUGGGCACUCUCACCGCAGAGCAGAUGGAGGCAGAGAUGGGCUUCAGAGUUGCAAAUAGAUGA